AUGUCCAUAAUAAAUGAAAAAAUUAUUUUUUAUAAUAAUUGUAUGGCUGAUAUAGAGUCAAAAGAAAAUUGUUUAAUAUUAAAAGAGGAGGAUAUUAUAAAUGGCCAUCUAAAAACUUAUAAAAAAGAAGAAGAAAAUAAAGUAAAUCAAAUUGUAUUUUAUUCAUCUUUUAAUAUGACAAAUGAUAAAGCAACAUUAAUUGGGUUAUACGAAAAAUAUGAAUAUUUUCAUCAAAAUAUUUUACAAACUUUUAAUGAUUUAAAAGUUCUUAUUACUUGUCAUUUCUAUAACAAUAACUAUUCAUUUUUAUCAACAUUAAAACAUUUAUCAAUAUUCAAGUAUGAAAAUUUUAAUAUAUUUUCAAAUAGAUUCAAAAUUAAAAUUAAUAAUGAUUGUAAAGACCAUGAUAUGGAAAAACUAAAACUUUUUAAAGAGGCAAUUAAUAAAAAGAAUAAUUUAAAAAUAGAAGAAUAUAGUGUAGAGGAUAUUCAUUUAAAAUUUUCAGAAGUUGUUAUUUAUAGUUUAUUUUACCCAACAAUAUUAAAAAUCCAAAACAAAAUAGAUAAAGGAAAAUUUAUGGAUAAUUUAAAAGAAGAAAAAAAAUUUUUUGAAAAAAAUGAAAAAAUUGAUAUGGAUUUUUUAUUAUAUCAACUACAAGUUUUAAUAAAAAAUAUUGAAAAUAAAGAAUAUAUAGCUAAUUCCAUAAAAGAAAAAUAUAUACAAGAAAUCAGAAAAAGUAUUGAAAAUAAAAAUUUUCAAUUUUUAGAUUGGUAA